CAUGUGACGGUCUAAGGGGUGGGGCGGAGGGUUGCAAUAUGGCUGCGCCCAUGUACAUCGAGUGUCUGAUAUGUUUACAGGGUCUGACUGACAUUUUGCGCGCACAUGGAUCGAGGGGAUUUCUUGGUCUCCCUGACGGCUGGUGGGCUAGCUGGAGUGAGUGUUGAUCUGAUAUUGUUCCCCUUGGAUACAGUCAAAACAAGACUGCAGAGUCCUCAAGGAUUUAAAAAGGCUGGUGGCUUCCGUGGCAUCUACGCUGGCGUUCCCUCUACUGCUGUAGGGUCUUUUCCAAAUGCUGCUGCCUUUUUUGUGACGUAUGAAUAUACGAAAGCCAUGUUCCGCACAGGUGCAUCUCCUUAUUUAUCUCCGAUAACACACAUGCUGGCUGCCUCCUUAGGAGAAAUAGUUGCUUGCCUAAUACGGGUUCCCUCUGAAGUUGUCAAACAGAGAGCACAAGUUUCUCCUUCUGCCAGUACCUUACGGAUCCUUUCCAACACAGUAUGUGAAGAGGGUAUUCUGGGACUCUACCGAGGUUAUAAAAGCACAGUAUUAAGAGAGCAACUGGAGUCCCAGUGCCUGCAGGAGGAAGGGGACCACCAUCGCCCAGGGAAGGAGACCCGUUUGCUGCUGCUGCCUGCCUGCCUGCCUGCUGCUGCUACUGCUGCUGCUGCUUCUCAGCUACCACCACCGCCCUCUCCCUGUUGGACUUCUGCUCUGCAGGUGUCAUGCCUUGCAGGCCCAGGCCCCCAGAUUCCUUUCUCUCUUGUACAGUUUCCUCUUUGGGAGUCCUUAAAAGAUCUCUGGUCAUGGAAGCAAGGACACGUGGUCGAGUCUUGGCAAUCUGCAGUCUGUGGAGCUUUUGCAGGUGGAUUUGCAGCUGCAGUCACCACCCCUCUGGAUGUAGCCAAGACAAGAAUUAUGCUGGCAAAGACUGGCUCCAGAAACGCAAGUGGGAAUGUGUUGUCAGCUCUGCAUGGAGUGUGGAGGAGCCAAGGGAUAUCUGGGUUGUUUGCAGGCAUUAUCCCGCGAAUAUCUGCCAUCAGUCUUGGAGGCUUUAUCUUCCUGGGAAUGUAUGACAAGAUUCGCAGUUUGCUCUCGUGAAUGGGCUCUGGGACUUGAAAGGAACAGCUGAGGAGCUGCUUUUUUAUUAUUUGCCUUUAAAAAUGCACACGUGUGAAGUUGUUCGUUUGCCUUCCCACAAGUCUCCCCCCCCCACGCCCACACCCCCGGCCCUGCCUCCUGUGGCUCAACAGCUGUUCACUAACCUGGACUGUUUCUCACUUUUUAAAAAAGCAAAAGCAAAACCUUAAUUCUGUUUUCCUAAUAUAAAAUUUCCCUGUAUGGAACCCCCUGUUCGAAUGGUGAGCUCAUUAUAAGGAGUGUGCUAAGAAAGGCAACUUUGGGUGGCAAACGACUAGCUUUCUGGGGCACUAGCCUUGUGCCUGAAGGGCAUUAUUAUUAGAAGUUGUUUAGGGGAAAUGAUGUGCAAACGAGACGAACAUGGCCUGCACGCCAUGGCAGAAGUGAAAGAGGCCUUCCUUUGGUUUUGGCAAAACCAAAUUUGUCCUUUGGAAUCGUGGUAUUUACAGGCCUGCUGUACUUGGGAGGACAGACAGAAGAGGCUGUGUGUAGGGAUUUUUAAAAAACCUCUCUCUGUGUGUUUAUAUAUCUCUGGAAUGGUCAUUUAUUCCUUGUUUGAACCCCAUUUGGAAAGUUUAGACCAGUGUUCAUACCUGCAGGUGCAUAGCAAGCAUUCUUGCUUGGAUAAGCAAGGCUGCCUUUUUUUAAUUAGACUCAGAUUUCUGCCAUAAAAGUAAAAUGUAUUAUUUUACUGUCUAACAAUGUUGCCUAUGAAAAAGAAACAAUGCCCUUGUUUUUCUCUCCCUCUCCCCAUUUACCUCAAGAACAGCUCAGCCUUGCAGAAUGUGAAAAGGGGGAUGGGGGAUGGUCAAUGAAGAGUGGAAGAUUCCCUUUA